UGCACCACAAAUUUCUAGUUACUGUUUCUGAUACCAAGCGCAACACAUCACCACAGCACCACCCACUCACUCCGACCAUGGCGUCGUGGUGGUGCCCUUCUCCCUCCGCCACCCUCGCUGUACCCACCACCGUCACCACCACCGCUCGCCGCCACUCCAUCACUUCCCAAUUUCGCAUCCAAACCCUCACAUUCCCCCCCUCUUCCUGUCGUCAUUCCACCGCUGCUCCACCUUCUCUCCGGUUUAGGGUUCCAUGCUCCAACAAAACCGCCUUGCCGGAUUCUCCGGCGCUGCCUCCGGACGAGGUGGAUUGCGUGGGAACCGGACAAGACGUGGAGUGCCUCGUGAACACGGAAAAGACAGAAUUGGAAACACUUUCGUCUUCAUCGUCGAUGCCCUGCCUCGCAGAAGCGCUGUGGGAAUGGACGGUGUUGGUUUCGCCAUUCUUUUUCUGGGGCACGGCCAUGGUGGCGAUGAAAGAGGUGCUUCCCAAAUAUGGGCCGUUUUUCGUUUCCGCUUUUCGCCUCAUUCCUGCGGGGUUUCUUCUCGUGGGUUUCGCGGCUUCGAGAGGAAAGUCUCUUCCGUCUGGUUUCAAUGCUUGGCUUUCCAUCACACUUUUCGCCCUCGUUGAUGCCACUUGCUUUCAGGGUUUUCUCGCAGAAGGAUUGCAGAGGACAUCAGCUGGUUUAGGAAGCGUUAUAAUUGAUUCACAGCCUUUGACUGUGGCUGUACUUGCGGCUUUGUUAUUUGGGGAGUCAAUUGGAGUUGUUGGAGCUGCUGGGCUUGUACUUGGUGUCAUUGGACUUGUACUACUCGAGCUACCCGCCCUAUCAUUUGAUGAAAGCAACUUCUCAUUGUGGGGAAGUGGUGAGUGGUGGAUGCUUCUUGCAGCUCAGAGUAUGGCAGUUGGCACAGUCAUGGUCCGGUGGGUUUCCAAGUACUCUGAUUCUGUCAUGGCAACUGGAUGGCAUAUGAUUCUUGGUGGUCUCCCACUUCUGGUAUUCUCAGUUCUUAACAAUGACCCUGCGGUGAGUGGGAGUCUCAAAGAGUACACUUCACCUGACAUAUUGGCACUCCUCUAUACAUCUGUUUUUGGAAGUGCUGUCAGCUAUGGCGUCUUUUACAGUGCAACUAAAGGCAGCUUGACCAAGCUCAGUUCACUCACGUUUUUAACUCCAAUGUUUGCUUCAAUUUUUGGGUUUCUCUAUCUUGGCGAGACCUUCUCUCCUGUACAACUAGUUGGGGCCUUGGUCACUGUGGCUGGAAUAUACAUGGUUAACUUCAGAAACACUGCUGAAUGAAUUAUCAUUUUUGCCUGGUUCUUUCAACCUAAUCCAAUGGUAAAAAAUUGCUCGGGGAAUUAGAUGUUUAUCAUGAACUGAAAUUGGGAACGACAGAAACAAGUUUGUACUGAGGAGGAAAAUUUGGUGAUAAACGACUUUGAGCCUUUGAGCCUUUGAGCCUUUGUAACCAUGCUAUGUAGAGUAAAUACAAUUUUGUUUGUUAGUUAAAUUAGGCUCAAGCCUCUCUUCAUAAGCUGAGGCAACAUAUACCAAAAACUUGGAAGUUACUUCGGGAGGACACAAACCUUAUAUCGGAAUAAAUUGUUUCCGUAAAGGUUUUUUUUGUUGUAUAAGAUGUUAUGACUCAACAAAAUGUACAUAUUAUGAUGACAAGUUGAUGUAUAUGAAAGAAAUAUUUUCAUAGACAA